AUGUUGCUUCUGCUGGUUGCCAUUGUCUUUUUCGUUACCAGCAUCAGCUCCACGGCACCGGGCCAGGAUUCAAAGGCCACUCGGUUCGUCUGCACCUCCAUACCGUUAGAUGCAGACCCUACGUGCCCGGUCCCACCCGUGCCCAUUCAGGUUAACACGCCCCAUGAGCAGGACCUCCGCGCUACGGUGAUGCACAUGAGGGAGACCAUCCUGCAGCAGAAGGAGACGAUGGGUAACCAAAAGGAGACCAUCAAAGAACUGACCAGCAAGCUGACCAGGUGUGAGAGCGCCCAACUGGAAGCCAAGUACAAGGGGAGCCGAAGGAAACAAUACGACAAAGCGAAUGGCAAAGACACCAUGGGCGACCUCCCCCGCGACCAUAGCGAAGUGGUCGAUCACCUGGGUCGAACUAUACAAGCGCUGAAGGAUAGACUCGGGAGCCUGGAGCAGCAGACACGCCCCAAUCUUUCCAACCAUGCUUUCCCCAGUGACCUCCGUGAACAGCUUCAGAGAAAGCUCGGGGAUUUGGAAAGUCAACUGUUAAAUAAAGUCUCUGAGCUCGAGGAUGAGAAAUAUAUUCUUCUGAACGAGACUGCAGCCCAUCGUUACAAGACAGAGUCUGCUCUCAAUGCCUUGCAUGAAAGGGUCACUGAAUUAGAGAAAGAGAGCAGUGGCUUUAAGUCGCCUGAUGAUUUCAAGGUGUCGCUACCUUUGCGAACUAAUUACCUGUUUGCCAGGAUAAAGAAAAGUCUCCCUGAAAUGUAUGCCUUCACUGUGUGCAUGUGGAUUCGGUCCAGGGCAUCAUCUGGUAUUGGAACACCCUUCUCUUAUGCUGUGCCCGGACAAGCUAAUGAAAUUGUGCUCAUUGAAUGGGGAAAAAAUCCAAUUGAAUUACUUAUUAAUGACAAGGUAGCCCAACUGCCCAUGAAUAUUAAUGAUGGCAAGUGGCAUCACAUUUGCAUAACAUGGACCACCAGGGAUGGCAUAUGGGAGGCUUAUCAAGAUGGCCAAUUACGUGGCACGGGGGAGAAUCUGGCACCUUGGCAUCCCAUCAAAGCAGGUGGUGACCUGAUCCUGGGACAGGAGCAGGAUACAGUCGGAGGGAGGUUUGAUGCAACACAGGCAUUUGUUGGAGAACUCAGUCACUUCAAUAUCUGGGACCGCAUUCUCACCUCAGAUGACAUCAGAAGCAUGGCCAACUGCUCUGCCAACCUGGCCGGCAACAUCAUUCCCUGGAUUGACAACAAUGUGGUUGUGAAUGGUGGAGCAACCAAAUUGCCACUGGAGACUUGCCAGGAGCGUUUGGUUAGUUCCUGA